CGUGGGUAGCUCGACGGGUUCCUAAAGGAAGCGGAAGUGACGCACGGUGAAAGGUGGGCGGUGCGUCUGCCGCUUUCUCUUCCGGCCUGGGAGCCAUCGCUGUGGGACCUCCGAGAUGGGCAAGUUCAUGAAGCCGGGGAAGGUGGUGCUGGUGCUGGCCGGCCGCUACUCGGGCCGCAAGGCUGUUAUUGUGAAGAACAUCGACGAUGGCACCUCGGACCGGCCGUACAGCCACGCGUUGGUGGCAGGCAUCGACCGCUACCCGCGUAAGGUGACAGCCGCCAUGGGCAAGAAGAAGAUCGCAAAGAGGUCCAAGAUCAAGUCCUUCGUGAAGGUUUACAACUACAACCACCUGAUGCCCACCCGGUAUUCCGUCGAUAUUCCACUGGACAAAACAGUGGUCAACAAGGAUGUGUUCAGGGACCCUGCUCUAAAGCGCAAAGCAAGGCGUGAAGCCAAGGUGAAGUUUGAGGAAAGGUACAAGACGGGCAAGAACAAGUGGUUCUUCCAGAAGCUGCGAUUCUAAAGGUGUAACCAGGUUGCAUCAAUAAAUGUUUAUUAAACCCCA